UAUGAAGGAAAGUACUACUCGUAGCUUCUCAAGUCGGCAAUUGGGAGAGAAUAGGAUUCAAAACGACGGUUAGGCAGUGGAGCUCAACAUGGAACUGUAGGUAAGGACGGUCAUAUGGUUUAGUGGAUAUUAGUGGACAACGCCUUUCGCUCCUAUUCGCCCAUCGUCACCUAUUCCUAGAGACAGCCCUCACAUGCUACCUCACAACUAGGUUAGGCAUGUUGGUGCAGCAGCUUGGGAUCAUCGACAUUCACAGAUCAUUUCUAAAACUCAUAUAAGCGUGAGAGCAAUCCUCGCGAUUGACAGACUUCUAUCUCACUCCUUACUUCCUACUUCUCACUUCUCAGAUUACUCACUCGCACGCCUGUCUCUCGCCAUCUCCACUCAGCAUUAUCACUAGACCUUCACACGCCGAAGAUGAGUUCCAAACCAAUGGGCUUUACAGAUGAGGAGUGGGACGAGAUCUCUCAGGACAUCCCCAAGGAGAAUGAGCCUUUCCUACAGAAAUACCUCGAGGGACGCGAGGCACUCAUCGCGCAGGAGAACAAACAGCGAAGUGAUGCCUCGUUCCGCCAGAACCUCUCUCCCAUCGCUCGCCGCGCCUGUGACAUCGUCCAGCGCAUUCGCGACGAGGAGAAGAACACAGUCUGGACGCCCCAGCUCGAGGACUCGCUGGCGCAGAAAGCAGACAAGAUUACCGUGUACCCGGGCAUGAUGUUCUCACUAUCCAAGGACCGGAUGGAGUCAACCAAGCUUUGGCGCAUCGUGAGACGGAUGCCCAAGGGCUCCUUACUGCAUGCGCACAUGGACGCCAUGGUCGACUUUGACUUCCUCUUCGCCGUGCUUCUCGACACCCCGGGGAUGCACAUCCUGGCUGACCGCCCCCUGAGCGACCCGACGGCCCUAGAGGACGCUGCGGUCAAGUUCCGUUUUUUCAAGACCCCGCAGACCGAGGGGGAUAUCUGGGGUCAGGGAUAUGUCGCUCAGACACCUAUGCUGCUAACGCAAGCUGCCGACGCAUUUCCAGAAACUGGUAGACCGGGAUUUCUGAAGUGGCUAUAUAACCGCGCCACCAUCUCUCGAACCGAAGCGGUUGAGCAACACCACGGUGUCGAUCAUGUUUGGCGGAAGUUCUUUACCUGCUUCCGCGUCGUUAACAGUAUCGUUCACUACGAGCCUAUUUACCGGCAAUUUCUGCGCCGUCUAAUGUCACUCUUGAAAGCUGAUGGUGUCAACUACGCUGAACUACGGUUCUCGUGGGAUCUCGACUACUACCGACAGGACAGCGAGGUUCCGGAGGGCGACUACCAGGCCAUGAUGAACGUAUUGGAUGAAGAAGUGAAGCGGUUCCAAGCGAGCGAGGAGGGUAAGGGGUUCUGGGGUCUGCGCACGAUUUGGGCGACGAUACGCUCCCAAGGGACACGGAGCAUCAUGCAAGAUAUGGACAAUUGCAUCACAACCAAACUCACACAUCCGCACCUGAUUGCGGGAUACGACCUAGUAGGCCAGGAAGAUCUCGGCCGCACGCACCGUGACCUACUGCCGGAGAUAAUGUGGUUUCGGAAACAGUGCGCCGAAGAAGGUGUCAACAUUCCCUUUUUCUUUCACGCUGGAGAGUGUCUAGGCUCGGGCUCAGACACGGACCAUAACCUGUUCGAUGCAAUUCUGCUCGGCACGCGCCGCAUCGGGCACGGUUUCAGUCUCUACAAACACCCUCUCUUGAUCGACCUGGUGAAGGAGAAGCGCAUCCUGAUCGAAAGCUGCCCUAUCUCGAACGAAGUGCUCCGUCUCUGCGGGUCUGUUAUGAGCCACCCGCUGCCAGCGCUCCUCGCCCGUGGCGUCCCCUGCUCUCUCUGCAACGACGACCCUGCCAUGCUAGGACAGGACACCGCAGGUAGCACCCACGAUUUCUGGCAGGCGCUGCAGGGCUGGGAGAACCUGGGGCUUGCAGGUCUCGGCUCCCUUGCCGAGAACUCGGUCCGUUGGGCUGCCUUCGAGGACCAGACCACCGAGGACUGGAAUCGCGACGUUCGCGAGGCGAGCGUCGGCUCUGGUCUCAAGGCACAGCACCUCAAGGAGUGGGCCGUCGAGUGGGAGCGCUUCUGCCUAUGGGUCGUGGACGAAUUCGGCGACGAGUGAGCGAGCCCACCCCAACUCGAUCCGGCCUUGAUUCGACCCCAUCUGCGGCCAGGGUCACGACAAGCCAGGCCGCUUUACAACAACGUUGGACCCGGCGGAGAAGUUGUGUAGGGCGGGAACAAGUACUCAAAAUAAGAGGACCGGGUCAGUCCAGAUCCAAAAGAG